CAGCAGCUAUGGGAGGCCCGUAAUCUGCCAGCACCCUAUGACAAAAAAUGGAACACACCAGCAGUGUGUGAGGAGACCUGAAAGUGGCACAUGGCAGAGUGUGGCGAUGGAGACAGCAGCAAUGGGAGGCCGUACAGCAUGGGGCACAGCUUGGACCCGUAAUGCAGCAGCAUGACAAAAAAGGAACACACCACAUGAGUGAGGAGACCCUGAAAGUGGCACAUGGCAGAGUGUGGCGAUGGAGACAGCAGCAAUGGGAGGCCGUACAGGGACCCAUGAGAGACUCUGGACCUGGCAGCAGCAUG